GGGCCGGAGCGAUGCCCGCGGAGAGGGCGGGGGCAGCGGGAGCCGCCUCCCCCCGGGCGGCACCGGGGCCGCUCCAGCCGGGGGUCCCCGGGGGGGCCGCGCCAGUCCCGCCGAGGGGGCCGGGCCGGCAGGAGGGUCCGCGCUGCUCCCGAGGGAUCCGCUCCCGCCGGGGGAUCCGCUCCCGCCGGGGGAUCCGCGCUGCUCCCGAGGGUCCCGCUCCACCCGAGGCUCCGCUCCAGCCCCCGGGGGUCCCCGUCGCGGUGCCGCCCGCCAUGAGCUCCGCGUCCUGCCCUUCCCGGGAGCCCCCCCGGUACCUCAGCAAGGCAGAGGCCGAGGCCAUCGAGAAGGAGCUGCUGGAGGAUUAUCGGUUUGGGAGGCAGCAGCUCAUCGAGAUCUGGGGACACGCCUGUGCCGUGGCUGUCACCAAGGCGUUCCCGCUGCCCUCGCUGCCCCGGAAGCAGCCCACGGUGCUGGUGGUGUGCGGGCCGGCGCAGAACGGGGCCAUCGGGCUGGUGUGUGCCCGGCACCUCCGCAGCUUUGACUACGAGCCCACCAUCUUCUACCCCAAGCGCUCCCCGGACCCCCUGUACCGGGAUUUCACGACGCAGUGUGAGAAGAUGGACAUCCCCUUCCUCUCCUACCUGCCCACCGAGGUGCAGCUGAUCAACGACGCCUACAACGCCGUGGUGGACGCCGUGCUGGGAGCCGAGGCGGAGGUGGGCGAGGGGAGGGAGCCCUGCGCCGCCAUCCUGGCCACCCUCAAGCACAUCCGCAUCCCCAUCGUCAGCCUGGACGUGCCCUCAGGGUGGGACGCGGAGUCCGGGGGCAGUGGUGGGAUCAGCCCCGACGUCCUGGUGUCCCUGGCAGCCCCCAAGGAGUGUGCCCGGCGCUUCCUGGGCCGCCGGCACUUCGUGGCCGGGCGGUUCCUGCCCUACGACGUCCAGAAGAAGUUCGAGCUCAACCCCCCCGAGUACCCGGGCACCGAGUGCGUGGUGGCCCUGUGAGCCCCCCAAAUAAAGUGCUUGGUGGCUCCUC